AUGGAAUCAAAGCCAUUAAUUACUUUUAAGAAAGUACAAGUUAAUUUAGUUAAACAAUCAAAUAUAAAAGAUGCAAAAUAUAUUGUGAUAGACAAGCUGGAUGAUAUUAAAGUUAAGUUCAUUUUCAGCUAAGCAAAGAAUAAAUUUAAAUAAGGCAAAUUUUAAUCCAUAGCGUUUUACAAAGAAGCUGAGCAAAAGCCAAAGAUGACCUUAGUUUUGUGCGCUGAUAAGGAUUCAAACAUUAAAAAAGGCUAGUAAGGAUAACCUUAAAAAGAAGAGGAAGUCAAAAAGGAUCUGAUUGAAUCAAUUAAGUCAGAUUAGUAAAUAUUAGCUGAUGAGUAGCAUGAAAAGAAAGUUAAAUUUAGUAUUAUAGCGAAGGAAACUCUAGUUGAUGAAGAAUCAAUGAAGCAACUGUAUUCUGCAUCUAAACUUGAGGGCUGUCUGCAAGCAUUUGGGAUGCCUGAUUUGCAUCCUGGCAAAGGUAUACCUAUUGGUGCCUCAAUUAUAACUGAAGGUAUUAUAUAUCCAGAACUGGUUGAUUACGAUAUUGGAUGUGGUAUGUGUUUCUUGAAAACGGGAAUGCAAGUAUCUAAACUUACUUAAAAAAGACUUGAAAUGCUGAGCUUUAGUUUAAAGAGUAUCGAUUGUCCUUGGACAUCUGAUUAUAAGAAAUAUGAGGAAUUCUUGGAUUCUGAACUUUAAUGGGGAUCCCAAAAGUGUGAAAAAAUAGGAAUCGAUAAAUUAGAUAAGAAAACAUUAUAAGCACUGGGUACUAUAGGGGGUGGUAAUCAUUUUGCAGAGUUCUAAGAAGUCAACUAAAUAAUUGACUAACAAGCCUGUGAUGAGCUCUAAAUUGAUUAGAAUGAGGUGUUUAUGCUAGUUCAUAGUGGUUCAAGAAAUCUUGGAGAAAAAAUACUAUAAGGCUUUCUAGAUGAUAAUAAAUCUAGUUAAAGUAAAGGAGCGAUAGUGGGCUCAGAAUAAUUUGAUAAGUAUAUGUCUAAUCACGAUCUUGCUCUAAACUUUGCUAGAAGAAAUAGAUUUCUGAUUGCUCAUAGGAUCCUGGAAUAGAUUGAUUCAAGGAAAACAGUAGAUAAAGAUAUAGAUAGCAAAUAUGCAAUUGGUUCAGGUGAGUGCAUUGUUGACAUCUUUCAUAAUUUUGUGGAGAAGAGUUCUAUAGAUAAUGAAGAUGGGACUUAAAAGGAAGUUUGGAUUCAUAGAAAGGGUGCUACUCCCUCAACACACAGCAAGUAUCUAGUCAUUCCAGGGUCUAGAGGAUCGUACUCUUACUUAGUUAAAGUUUGCCAGGAAAACGUGGCUAGCUCUGGCUAUUCACUUGCUCAUGGAGCUGGUAGGAGAAUGAAUAGAAGUAAAGCACUUGCUAUCAAUAAAAAUAAGCAUCCCAAUCACAAUGAUCUUCUUAAAACUGAAUUUGAUAGUUUGGUAGUUUGCGAAAAUAAACAACUAGUCUAUGAGGAGGCACCUAUCGCUUAUAAAAAUAUAGACUCUGUGGUUAGAGAUUUAGUUGAGUUUGGACUGGUAACAAUAGUAGCUUAACUUAAACCACUAUUAACUUACAAAUUUAAAGAACCUGAGUUCCAGCAAUUACAGCAUAGGUAUGACCCUGAACUGCAUCGACGCAAAGAAUAUAAAAAGUAGGAUUAAUAUGACUCAGACAAUAAUUGA